AUGGGUGAUGAGUACGAGCGUAUCACUCCCAAUGUAUCUCAGCUACCAGCGCCACCACCCCUAUCUCGCCCUGUACAACCAGUUCAACCAAUUCAAAAUUAUCCUCUUCCACCACCUCCACCACCGCUUCAAAACUAUCCUUCUCCAAUGCGCCAAAUGCAGACACCAUCUCCAGCCCAAGUGGCGUUCAACCAGCUUUUGGAAUCACACCAACCCGGAACGGGAAAAAGAUUAUCCAAGUGA